UGCCCUAGGGUUACUUUAGCAUGCGUUAUUGCGUUAUGAUGAGUCUGUGAUGUUCGAUGUUUGUUGUCUCUAUUUGUUUCGUUCUGGUCUCGUUCCUACAUUGAGUUAUAUGGAAUCAUAAAUGAAAAAGUUAGUUGAGACUGAUUAAUGCCGACUGGUAGGCGUAAUCGCGAUGAUUUAAGAACACUCAAUCACCGAGAGUAAUCAACUGAGCUUAAAACUUGAUUAAAAGGAGAGUGAUAUAGGCCUAUUGCUGAAAGUCCGAAACUGCAUAGUCAGCUAUACAUAUAGCAGUUUGCUGUAUAUAAUUUUGCCAAAAAGGUGUUUGCCAUCCAGCAGGUUUUCAAAUCAUUGGAGAUGACUACUGCAACAGACGAGUCAACUGUAGAACUUAUUGAUGUUUCUGAUGAUGAUGAUUGUUGUUCUUUGGUUUCACAGCCAUCAUCAGAUAUUAUAUUCAUUGAGGAAGUUGAAUUUCAUUAUGAUCAAAAAAAUAAUGAAAGAUCAUCCAAGCGUAAAAAAAGGACAAAAACUAUUGAUGUCUACUUUACUUCUGCAAGUGGAGAAAGCAACAAAUUGGUUACUCCUCUGUCAUUGGAUACUGCGCCGAUAAUUGGCGGUGUAGUUACAUCCGAAAAAAAUGGCGAUCUUGAAUCAAACAAAAUUUCAGACAUCUCUGGACCUAGUUUAUUGCCUCCAGAAGGGAUUGCUGUCCCAAUAAAAGAAAUUGCUGCUAUUGUGAAUAAGACGUCGGACACGCAUGACGUAGAAAAUGUAAAUGAUGGAUCUCUUCAAAAGGAGAAUAACGAAGAGGCAAUGAAGGAGACUGUCACUGCAAACGUACUCGGAAAUUCUCAGUCAACCGACAACAUCAAAAAGCAGAAAUACGUUUCCCUGCCAAAGAAUGAUUUUGAAUGUAAUGUUUGCCUGAAGAAGUAUUCAACAAAGAAUAGUCUCGUUCGUCAUCGCUUAAAGCACUCUGACCCUGAAACAUGGAAAAAAUGCCCAUUUUGCGAUUAUAAAACACCGGACUCUUAUGUGCUGAAAGUGCACUUAAGGAAACACGAUAAACGUAGACGUACCAAGGCGUUUUAGGACUGAAGUUGAGAUAAACGAAGAAAAGCAGAUUGCGUUUCGCUUAGAAAAGAUUCGUUAUUGGACGAAUUUCGUCAUUGUUUUGUUGUUAUUUUUCAAUUCGUUUAUCACGUUAGUGACAGCAAUCAAGAAGCUUUUAAAUAAAACAAGAACAUUUCUUUUUUUAAAUUUGAUUCGAUGGAGAUACGUGGAUGCUAUGUAAACUGCUUGAGUAGAGAAUAUAGAACGCUCUAAUCUUGGA